AUGUCUUCAAAAAGAGUAAAACAAAAGGAAACGGUGGAAGAAGAUUUUGAGGCUUUUGUACGCCAUCAGUUGAGUUCAAUAAGUGACGACCUGAAAGAAAUGAAAGGAACUCAAGUCAUUAUUCAAAGAAACAUUGAAUCUCUUCAGAGUCAAAUCAAGAAAAAUGAAAGCUCGAUUUCAAAACUGAAAGAAUCUUUCAAUACAAAGCUGGAGGUAUUAACAGGACAACUGCAUGAAACUAACACAAGAAUCUACCAAAUCGAGAACGAUAUCACCAAGUAUGCAAAAGAGAUCGAUGAAACCUACGAGAGAUUAUCCCUGGAGAGAUAUUCUAGGGACUAUAAUCUGAGAUUUAACAAUAUCCCAGAUUCAACAGGCAAAGAUUGUAUCGCAAAGCUCCGUGAUAUCAUAGAAAAUGAUCUCCAAUUGCAAUCAAACAUCGAGAACGCCUACAGAAUCGGGCCCUUCAAGAAUGAUGGCACUCCCAGACCAAUUUUGGCUAAGGUUUUGUACUGUCCAGAAUGGUUUAAAGUUAUCGAAAAGAAGAGGGAUCUACGUGAUGGUGUGCCCGUUUUGGAUGAUUUGAUAUGGGAAGACCGUCAAAAGAAGAAACAAAUGAGGUCUGUUAUGAAAAAAGCAUUUGAAGCUGGGAAAAGA